AUGGAGUCUCCUCCUCCAGCGCAGAGAAGCUCUACAGUAGAUAAAGAUCCAUCGAAAUCAGAAAUUUUAUAUGAUCGCUUUGUGACCAAGAAUCCAGACAUCGAUAACUGGAUUUGGAUUAUCGAGUACUUUGCCAAAUUCAAACCUCAGCUUUGGAUGAUUCAUGAUGUCUUUGAAAUGAACCCUAAGCUUCCGGAUUAUCUCGGUGAACAUGCUAAUGAGAUGGUAGCUUUCAGAUGCUUAGCUUCAUUGUUUGAUUCUUCCACUUCUUCACAGAGUAAAGAUGGUAUUUCAAAAAUCGAGUUUGAUUCUUCAGAGAGCUGUGAACAUGUUCUUCAAUGUAUCUUGGAUGAGAUACCAUUAUCAGAGCUUAAACCAGGUGCACCGGGACUAUCGAAAUGGAAUCUUGUACCGUUUAUUGAAAGCAAGCUUCUUCGCCUACCACAAUGCGCAUUGGAGCUGUUGAUAGAGACAUCUCAAAUGGAAGAGGGACAAUCAUUUGGUCAUGGCUCUGGAGAUGGAGAUGAUGAGAUUAGUAGCAGCUCGCAUGCGUCUCUUGAAAGAAGAGAGGAAAGCGAUGGUUAUGCGUCGAGUCCAUCAGAGAAGAGAUACAGAUGCAGUGAAUGCAGAGAGAGUGGGAAGCUGUUGUUCUGCUCAGGCGAUGGAUGUGAAGUCAUGGUUCAUGAGAAAUGUGUUGUGGAUUCGCCGCCGGUUUACGACGAUGAUGGAAACUUUUACUGCUCUCUCUGUGCUUUGGAUUGUGGUUCAGCUGAGUAUCUUCAGUCACAACAUGAAGUUGCCAAGGCAAAGAUGAAACUAGUUUCGUUUCUUAGUGUAAUGUCAGAUGUUAACAAGAACAAGAAGAAGAAAUCUAAUGAAGGAUAA